AUGAACAAAUAUCUGCUUCAACCGUUAACCUUCGUGAAGGCGAACGAAAGACCAGUCAGUAAGCCACUUCCUUUGACUCCUGGCUCUGCCUUGGUUUCUUCAUUAGAGAUAGAAAAUGAAAUGCUUCGAAAGGAAAAUCAAUCGCUGCGACAUGACAUACAAGUUGGCAGGGACCGACUUCGUCGGUACCGAAGGAUAAAUGUUACCGCGAAAGCUUUCUUCCAGCAAACCACACUAAGUGCACAAAGGUUUGAAAAUAUCCUCCUUGAUGUGCAAGAAGGAAAAGGUGCUCAGUACUCUGAGCCCGAUCCUCUUAUAAAGAGCAACCAGAAUCAGGAUGGCGAAAAUUGGAUUUGA